GCCUGGACCAGCACGUGAACUACUACAAGAUCGCCAUCGCGGCCCAUUUAGUUCGGCAUGGACUGCCCUUGUUUGCGUCCAACGAUGACCUUUUCGGGCAGCUGGGCCCCGGCUCCCAGCAGUGGCCUGGCGCCGGCUCCGUGGUUGCGGCCAUCGCCGCUGCUGCCGGGCGCACCGGUGAGAGAGGGGCAGAUGCUGUGGCAGGCAAGCCCAGCAUGGAAUUCGCGCAGAUCAUCCGAGCAUCACUGGGCUCACCUCCAGCUCGGAGAAUGGUGAUGGUGGGCGACAGACUGGAUACUGAUAUCGCCUUCGGAAACUUGGCAGGCAUGCGCACCCUCUUGGUGCUCUCUGGUGUGACAUCCAUUGAUGACGUCCGCCACGCCAGUGGCAAGCUGAGACCGGAUUUUUUCGCAACCUCUGCGGCUUCGCUUUCGUUAGCUGUAAGCAAGAAAGAAGCUUAA